GAAGAUUGUAGGGGUGUGGUGUGUUUACUCCCAGGAGGCGGGCCCUGGCAGAGGUCAGAGGGCUGGGGCACAGAGGGGAGGCUAGCACUCCCUGGACCUCUCACCGCUUGGCCUAUAAAGCCAGCCCAGGCAGCAGCUUCAAGGGGACAGAUUCAGCUUGAGCUCUGUCUCUCAUGUGAACACUGCUCUUGCUGGCCUCACAGCUGCUGCUGUUGCUGCAGGAAGAGGAAGAGGAAGAGGGAACAGAAGCUUGGUUUUUCUGGCCUUGGUGCCAGAGCUGGGCAAAGAUGCAGCUCUCUCUCAGAAACAUGCUCCCUUCUCUUUGGGAAAGAGCCCCCCUGCAGACCCUCCUUUUCCUCUCUGCCUUCCUCCUGAUCCUGGCACAGUAUCUGCAGAGAAGGAGGCGGCAUCUCAACUACCCCCCGGGCCCUCCUGGGUUGCCCGUAGUGGGCAACUUCUUUCAGAUGAACUUUACAGAUCCCCAAAUAACUGUCCAAAAGUUUGCCAAGGAAUAUGGAAACGUUUUCUGCAUGUAUGCUGGCAAUCUUACAAUUAUGACAGUAACUGGAUUACCAAUGAUCAAGGAGGUCCUGGUCAACCAAGACCAGGUGUUUAUUGAUCGCCCAGACAUUCCUGUCCACUCUCAUGUCUUUAAAUCACUUGGCUUAUUAAUGUCUAAUGGCCAAGGGUGGAGACAGCAAAGAAGAUUUGCCCUAAUGACGCUAAGGAACUUUGGUUUGGGAAAGAAGACCCUGGAAGAUCGAAUCAGGGAGGAGGCCAGGUAUCUCACUGAGGCUAUCAGGGAGGAAAAAGGACAGCCCUUUGACCCCCACUUUCAGAUCAACAAUGCUGUUUCUAACGUCAUCUGCUCUGUAACAUUUGGACAUCGCUUUGACUACCAUGAUUCUCAGUUUCGGGAGCUGCUGAAGAGUUUGGAUAAUGUCCUGGUGCUUGAAGCCAGAUGGGAGAGUCAGCUUUUCAAUAUGUUUCCUUGGAUAAUGAAAUUCCUGCCAGGAUCUCACCAGAAAUUCUUCAAUGAAUGGAAGAAGCUAGAGUCUUUUGUAAAACAAGUGAUCAAACAACAUAAGGAAGACCUAAACCCAGAGAAGACCCAGGAUUUCAUUGAUGCUUACCUGAAGGAGCUAUGUAAGGAUAACAUCCACCCUAGUUUUAAUGAAGAAAACUUGGUCUUCUGCACACUGGACCUCUUCUUGGCUGGAACAGAGACAACUUCAACAACUCUGAGGUGGGCACUGCUGUAUUUGGCCCUUUAUCCAGAGAUCCAAGGCAAAAUACAAGCGGAGAUCGAUAGGGUGAUUGGCCAAUCACGACAACCCACCAUGGCUGAUAAGGAGAAUAUGCCCUAUACUAAUGCAGCCAUUCAUGAAGUUCAGAGAAUGGGUAAUAUUAUUCCUUUCAACGUGCCCAGGGUGGCCAGAGUUGAUACCACCGUGGCAGGAUACCAUGUGCCAAAGGGGACAAUACUGUCUACCAAUUUGACUGCCUUGCAUAGGGACCCCGAGGAAUGGGAUACCCCAGAAACCUUCAACCCAGAACAUUUUCUGGAGAAUGGACAAUUUAAGAAGAGAGAAGCCUUUCUGCCUUUCUCAAUAGGAAAGAGGGUCUGCCUGGGAGAACAGCUGGCUCGAACUGAGCUCUUCCUCUUCUUCACCUCCCUGCUCCAGAAAUUCACAUUUCAGGCUCCCCCAAACACCAAGCUGAGCCUGGACAUCCGAUACGGCUUAACCUUCUCUCCUGUCUCCUACCAAAUCUGCGCCCUUCCUCGAGUGAUGUAGGCCAAACUAGGCCAGUAGGGUGGUCCUCCAGUAGUAGUAGUAGUAGUAGUAGUAGUAGAUACAGGGAAAGACCUGGAACUAUUCUCAAUUUCCAUGGUUCCCCACCCUGCCCUUUGGAGCUUGGGUGGGGAAAGUGAGAGGAGUCAAGGAAGCAAGAAGAGGAUAGGGAGAUAAAGGAGGGGGCAGGGGAGCUGUAACCCAAUCUGAACCUUCCUGCUCAGAAAAAAAGAAGAGGAAUUUAUGUCAUCCAAAGUUAAGCACAAAGAGGCCUUGCUGGAUUUGGAGUCCAAGGUCCUGGGUUCACAUUCCCAAACUGCCACCUGCUAGCUGGGUGAUCUUGGGCAAGUAGCUUCAGUCUCAGUUUUCAAUCUCAAAUGAGGAGGAGAAGAUCUCUAAGGUCCUCUCCAGCUCUAAAUCUAAAACUUGUGAUGCUUUGAAUGGAGAACCAAUGCUUUUCUUCUCCUCCCUCAAACAGUGGUGAGGUUUCAGAGAAUUUAAAUGAGUUAUAGAAGUUUUCAGUGGUUGAUGAGGAUGAUCCUUAGAAAUCCUUCUGGGCUGUAAAUUCCUUGCGAGAAGGGACCGAUUUCUUUAUGUCUUUGGAUCUCCAUCAUCCAGCCCAGUGCCUGGCAUGGAGAAGUAGCCCAAUAAAUAUUGCUGAUUGUUUCAUUUCUAAUCCAGUCAGUUUCAUAUUCAUUAUUCCCUUUGACUUUCACAGUGUGAAAUAUUAAUCCAUCAGCUGAUGAGCCAGGUCCCUCAUUCCUAUUAAAAGCCAUGCUACAGAUGCUCAAUCGUAACCACUCCACUAUUAAUUACAGUUACAUGGGUCGAGGAAUGCCCAUACCUUGAACUUUGCUAAUCUGUUAAAGUUCUCUAUUCUUGUAAAGUUUCCCCAUUCUUUUCAGAGAUGCUUACAUGAUAGGGAUUUCCAUGAUGAUAAUGGAAAUUCUUGGAAUACCGCAGCCAAUCAGAAAAUGUGAACACCCAUGUGAAUUGAUGUGAUCAGUGUACCUCAUUUAUCUUUUAUGUUCCACUUUAUAAUGUUCAUCCAUUAUACCCAAAAAUGCUCUGUGAGUUAACAAUGGGAUCCUUCUACCAAAUGAUGUCACCAUGGAUCUAUUUUAUUAGCAAAUUACAAGUCAUUGCUAAUAAACCAAUCAUCCUUGGGCCA